GUCUUCUCUGCUAUAUUUAUCUCUCGCCUCAAUAAUAAUAACGACAAUGCUGAAUUUACAUAUUAAGUCUUGGAGAUAGAGCGAGAUCGACAUUUUAUUCGACUCACGAGGAUAUGUCAUCUGACUUUGUAACGUAACAGAGUAAAUAAAAAACCGUGUGGACAACAAACGGAGUCGAGCAGCUAACAGGGGUUAGCAUCACAUAUCUGCACACCGUGUGCUUUUCAUUCUCACUUUCUCUUCCAUUUCAUCUUCGUCUGUAGUCGGCCUUUGCACUCUGUCACCAACUUCAGUCCGCGGUGUCGCCAGGAGAGGAUGAACUGGCUUUUCCCCCUGUCCAAAGGCUCCGGACCUCUCCCUCCUCUCAACAGCCUCCAGCAACAAAGACAGCGGCAGAUCGAGUCACUCAAAGCCGCUCACCCCAGCCUUGCAGAGAUCCAGAAGGAUGUCGAGUACAGAAUACCAUUCACAGUCAACAACUCCACCAUUAGUGUUAAUAUCCUGCUGCCUCCUCAGUUCCCUCAGGAGAAGCCGGUGGUUAGUGUCUACCCCCCCGUUGGUCAUCACUUAGUCGACAGCAAUAAUGGCACCAUGAUCACUAGCCCCCUCAUCACUAAUUUUGGGAUGCACUCAGAUCUGGGUAAGGUCAUUCAGAGUCUGCUGGACGAGUUUUGGAAGAGUCCUCCUGCCUUGAUGUCCAGUGGUGCUGCUGGCUUUCCAUAUAUGUACAAGCCGUCAAGCAUGGCUCCUUACCCCACCCAAGCUUACCAUUACGGCCCUCGCCAUGUGGGCCCCAGUCACACGCCGCCUCCUGGUCCGGGCCCAGCUCCCAUGCCUCACCCAGGGGUCGAUAGUGCUCAUGGACCGCCUCGAGCUCCAGCCCCAUAUGGACUCAUUUCUGACUUGCCACUGCCUGUUCCUACUGGAGACUCCCAGGCUGGACUGAACGGACACAUGUACAAGAUGCCUGAUAUUCCCGAGUCUUUUCCUGAACUCUGUGACUUGAAUCUGAGCCAGCUGUCUGACAUGUCUGACAACGAGGAUGUGUUGCUGGAGUUCUUUGUGAGUUUGCCACAACUGAAACAGGUCACCAGUGAUAAAGAAGAGCUCGUCACCAACAUAGUGGACAUGGCUAAGAAAAAUCUUCAGAUGGAGCCACAGCUGGAGGGAAAAAGACAAGAAAUGCUCUACAAGUAUGAACAGUUGACUCAGAUGAAGUCAGCCUUUGAGACGAGGAUGCAGAGACAGCAUGAACUCAGUGAGAGUUGCAGUCUUAGCACACUACAGGCACGGUUAAAAGUUGCAGCCCACCAGGCCGAGGAGGAGUCAGAGGAGACGGCUGAAAACUUCCUGGAGGGACGAACAGACAUCGACGAAUUCCUGACCAGCUUCAUGGAGAAGAGAACGCUUUGCCACAGCAGAAGGGCCAAAGAGGAAAAGCUGCAACAGUCCAUCAACACACAUGGACAGUUUCCUACCAGCCACUAGAACACAAGGUUUGGUGUUUUCUCAGCCAACUGCUGCCAACUAAAUGGAAAAAGACAUUUGAUGGGACGAAAAGCACACAGAGUCAACUAUGGGCACUUUGGAGAAAUAAGAAGGCGAUGAUAGCAAAGAUGGCCAAAAAAACAAAACAAAGAAGCCCACUGUGCCCGCAUCUGAGCUAAAAAUACUGUUCAAGUUGAAAUUGUGACAGCAAGAUGGAGAAGCUAUUGGAUCACCACAAGAGGCCACAACAGGAAGAAAGAGUAACACACGCAUCGCUUUUCCAAAAACAUUACUAGGGAUUGACAACACUGUGGAUAAUUUCUGUUGCACAUACAGUUUGUCCAGUUUUGACUUGACAGUGAUGAAAGUUUAUUUCCUGGGUUUAUGUCACUUUGCUCAAUAAGAGCAACAUCUGCACCCGAUCAGAGUGGAUGGUGAUUGUUUAGGUCAGGACUCCCAAUUUUACUUUUUUCCAUGCAGUGAGAAAGUAAAUGUAACUUUAAAAUGAUUGUUAAAAUGCUAAUGUUGGUGUCUGUACUUACCAUCUGAGAUCAUUGUUAAAGUCCCUGCUUAAUUUUUGGAGAAAGGUCCUACUGGACAGACAGGACAACAACCUUUGCAUUGCAAAUCUACUGUUUACAUUGAGCUGCUUGUUCCAGACAUUUACACGA